AUCCUUUUGUUUCUUUGUGAUUAGACUUUUGGAACAACUCUUGUGAUUCGUAUCAUUUGGCUUUUUGCCUCGUGUCUAAAUAGCUUCAAGAAGGUGGGCUACUUGUUCUUGUGGCACCACUUACACGACCCAUACCGUACCACCAAUUCACAUCUCACAACCAUGAAGAACCUCUUAUUUCCUCUUACUGCCCUCCUCAUCGGCUCAAGUCUCGCUGCAGAUGUCACAAUCACAGCUCCGGUAUCCAUCCCCUCCAAUGAGCCUGAAUACAAAGAAGGCAAAUCCUUCACAUCAGCCGUCCUCAACAGCACCAACUUCUAUCGGGAGGAACACAACGCAACAGCACUAAAAUGGAACAAAACACUCGAGGAGUUCGCAACAGACUACCUCGAUGACAAUGGUGACUGCGACUUUGAGCACUCUGGUGGACCCUAUGGUGAGAACCUGGCUAUAGGUUAUCCCAACGUUACUGCGAGCGUCGAAGCUUGGGGUGAUGAGCGAGAGGAGUACAAUUUCGACAAGGCCAAGUUUAGUAAGAAGACGGGGCACUUCACGCAGCUUGUAUGGAAGGAUACUACGAAUGUUGGAUGCGGAAGAAAGCUUUGCGGUGAACGAGGCUGGUUUCUCGUUUGUGAGUACUGGCCCAGGGGUAAUGUCGAGGGCCAGUUCAAGGAAGAGGUUUCAAAAGAGGAGGGCGGUGCAUUCAGUACAAGACCUGGUCUUGGGCUCGCUCUGGCUUUAUUUAUUGGGUACAUGCUUGUUGUCGUAUAGGCAUGCCAUGUUGAAUUUCCAGCGUUGGAUAGGCGUACGAGAUAUCUGAUGGAUGACGGGACUCAUGCUGGGCAUGAGCUAUAUUGACUACUCUACUACAAUUCUCAUGUAUCUCAUUAUAGAAUGACAUAGUUUCUGAUUUCAUAUAUACUAGCUCGUUCUAUACACUUUUGGCUGACUA